AUGCGGCGGGGUCCGGCGGGGCGGCUCCGGGGGCGGCGGGGAUGGAGAGGGGCCCCGCUCCGCCCGGCCCCGGAGGCGGAGCCAGCGCCCGGCGCGGCGGGAUCGGGAGCCACAUCCCGCAAAGGAGGAGCGGGGCCGGCAACGGGAACGGCAGCGGGGCGGCGGCGGGGCCGGAGCCCAACGCCGGAGCUCCAGCAGCGGGGCCGCCCCGCKCCGCCGCCACCGCCCAGGAUGUGGUGGGACGAGCGGGUGUCGGCGCGGUUCCGGAGGAACCUGCAGCCCACCCUCACCUAUUGGAGCGUUUUCUUCAGCUUCGGCCUCUGCAUCGCCUUCCUGGGGCCCACGCUGCUGGACCUGCGCUGCCAGACCCAGAGCUCGCUCUCGCAGAUCACCUGGGUCUUCUUCUCGCAGCAGUUCUGCCUCCUGAUCGGCAGCUGCCUCGGAGGGGUCUUCAAGAGGACGUUGGCGCAGUCCCUGCUCGCCCUGUUCGCCUCGUCGCUGGCCAUCUCGCUGGUGUUCGCCAUCAUCCCGCUGUGCCACAACGUGGUGGUGYUGGCCGUGGUGAUGGCGGUGGCCGGGCUGGCCAUGGGCUGCAUCGACACCAUCUCCAACAUGCAGCUGGUCAAGAUCUACCAGAAGGACUCGGCCAUCUUCCUGCAGGCUCUCCACUUCUUCGUGGGUUUCGGGGCUCUGCUGAGCCCCCUGAUCGCUGACCCCUUCCUUUCGGACACCAACUGCAUCCUUUCCAACGGCACCGCCAACGCCUCCAGCAACCUCCCGCACAUCCGCAAAUCGCUGGUACCWCACCACCCCGGCAAUCUGUCCCACUACGAGCUGCCCAUGAAGGGCAUGGUGGUGACACGAGUGUCCUACGCCUUCUGGAUCAUGGCCCUCAUCAACCUGCCCGUGCCCAUCGCCGUGUUUUUCCUGCUCUACAAGGAGCGCAUGGUGCCCUGUUUGAACGGCAGCAGCCACCCUUUGCUGCCCGCAGACGAGCUGGCCCUGGAGACGCGACCCGGGGACAAGGACGAGCUGUCCACARCCGGGCAGAGACCCCACACAGCCGCAGGGCACGAGGAUUUGUUCAGCUGCUGCCAAAGCAGAAACCUCCAGGGCGCCUCCUUCACUUAUUUCGCUGUGCACAUCACCGGAGCGCUCGUUCUGUUCAUGACUGAUGGAAUCGUGGGCGAGUACUCGGGGUUCGUGUACAGCUACGCGGUGGAGGAGCCGCUGGCCGUGGUGCACAAGGUGGCCGGG